AUGAAACCACUCCAAAUGCAAAGGAUUCAACUCCUACUCGCCGGAAAAGCCUCAAUUGAACCACUGAUCAAAAUUUGUCAAGUAGGAAGAAUUACUGGCUCUGGAAGUAAUGGAUCUAAGAGAACCCACGAUAGUGAUGCAAGUGAUUCCAUCUCUGUAGGAUCUAGUGCUCACCCAAUCGGGAGGGAUGCAGCUAAAAAAAGGGUAAAAAGAAAAGAAAAAGAGUUGAAACGAUUGGACAAAAUAGCCAUGAGGCAAGAGGAGGCUAACCAAUUGUUGAAAGAAAGUACUGAGGCUAAGAAGAUAAAGAUGUUUAUGAAGCUAAGUUCAAAGGAGCAUCUCGAUGACCGGAGCAAAUAG